CGUGGCUCAUCUCCCACUGCACUAAGCACGCUACUGUUCGAUCUAACUCCCUUUCUAUAUCACUGCCUCCAGACUCCACUUUCUUCUUGUCUUCUUCAACUUCAAACAGAAACUUAGCCCUCACCCUAACUUUGGGUUCUCGUUUAUUUUUUUACAUCUUUUUUUUUUUCUCACUUUAAUAGAGAUAGUGUGAGAGAGCUAUAUAAAGAAUGUAAUAUUGCACCAUGUAGAGAUCUCAAAAGGAAUGGUGUUUUUCAAUCAAGCAAAUAUGGAAUUUGAGGCAAAGCCAAGAGUUCAUAGAAGGGUCUGGUUAGUGUUUCAAAAAUCAAUGGGUCUCCUCGUGGGUGGGAAUCAUACCUCCUCCAGGUUUUGCACUCGCUAAGUCUCUUGCUUUCUCUUCGGUUGGCUUAUCUCUCUCUUUUGAUUCCUAUUUUUUUUUUAAUAAAGACUCGAUCUUUUUGAAAAAAAACAAGUCUCUGAAAUCUUUAGUUUGAUUAAAAACUUGUCUUUGGUGCCGCUCUUGUGGUUGAAAG